AUGCCGACGGUUGACAGGGAGACUACGUCCCCCUGCCUGCUCGGUGGUAGUGUGAGUACACGCCGAGCCCGUCCUCCUUUCUCCACCGCUGUCAGCGGAGAAACUGUGGCCCCUACAGGGCCCCGCCAUCAGGUUUUUUACCGAGGUUUCCUCCUCCAUGCUCCGAAGAGCGAAGAGCCAGCAGGGCAACCGGCAGACACGCCCACCCUGCUGGACCAGGCCUUGCCCGAGAGCCGAUGA